CAACCCUCAUUGCCCUGUAGAUAUCGCACCUUCCUGCCGCCUCGUAUCGCCUCCCUUCCCGUCUCCGUACCUGUUAAACAGUCGCGUGCUCAUCAACAACAAACAUCAGUCUGAGCUGGAAGAUCCUCGAGCUGUAUUGCUUCCCUCCAAAACGUCACCCCACCACCAUCACCACCACCCACCAUGGCAACUGCCGUGGCGAGGGUACUGCACAUCUCCAGUCGCUCCUCGUCUCCGCCCCCUCAACUCAACCUGAAUACCUCCGCCCGUAGUGCUCCCUCUGCCAUUCCAAACAAGCACAUACCCCUAUGCCCACCAAGCCCCGUCCCAGUACAGCCACUCGACACUCCGCCUUCCUCCCCUCCUACCAAGGAUCCCGCUACCCACCCCUCGUCGCUCCUGCACCCUCCCACCCUACGAUACGACCUCUUCUCCAGCGAUCCGCCCCUCUACACAAUCACUGCCGAUAAGCUGCUGGCUGCCCUCGAGCACAUGCUCUCCCAACCUCUACCCGAUCCCGACAAGGUAUUCCCCUGGCUCCAUGGACUGCACGCCGACAACCAGGUCCAACUCAACUUCUUUGUAGCUCGCCGAAGGAGCGUCCGAAGGGUCCCACGAUGUCUUCGCAGCAUCACCAUCGUCAAGGCUAGAGGCGACCUGUCCACCUCAAGGCUGAGGGGCGCCAUUGCCCCUGACGAACUCUUGGCCUCCUCCCCCGUAGGCCGCGAUGCCUUUCUGGAAUGCGACCCCAGAGACGGAUUCUCGGUUCGCAACUUCCAAAUCCAGGCUUGUAAAUUGGCCAUGGUGUCGGAUAUCAUCGUUUAUGGAGACGACGACACACCGACGAGCGAGACCGCCGCCCUGGCCAGAAGAAUCUCAAGGGCCCAGAGGCUGUUUGAGGCGACCAAUAGCCUGCCCCAAGGCUUGUACAACACCUUCAUUUUAGCGGAUUCCUUUAGCGACGUGCACAAGCAGCAUCCUCAAUUAGUUGCCGUUGAUGAGCUGGGACAACUGACGGGCAACAUUUCCGAUUUAUGCUACUGGGAACGGUAUGAGAUGUGCACCAUGUCCAAAGCAUCCGAGAUCAGCCGCAAUGUCUUCCUAGGCCCCUCGCAAGACCCCACUAUCAAGUGCGAUGCCUGGGGCGAGCACGACUUUGAUGUUCUCAUCGAAGCAAGUGAUUGCGCUCAGAUCCCGGACGCUCUCGUGAUGCAAUACGUUGAAAAGAGGCUUCAAAAAGGUGACAAGCGUGUCCAGUUCGAAUUCCCUUCCUCGGGAAAUAUACUGCCGCCGUCUUGGUCUCAUGCCGAGGUGGACGGUCUGUUGGCAACGUGCAGGUGGAUCUACAACUUGGCCAACCCUCAAGACGUCAGGCGAAGCAAGCGAAGGAGGGAUGAGGACGAUGAGGCUAUUGAACUCAACGACAUGGCGCCCGCAAGGAAGCUCCUCCUCCACUGCUCGGAUGGCUACACGGAAACUUCGCUCCUUGCUCUCGCCUACUACAUGUACGCCGAAAGGGUCCAAGCCCAUGAAGCCUGGGUCCAGUUGCAUAGAGACAAGAGACGCAACUUCUUCGCCUACCCGACCGACGUCUCGCUGCUCUCCCAGAUCGAACCGCGCAUCCUUCAAGAGUCGCCAAAAUGGAAAGGAAACGUCCUCGAACUACGCCAACCGAAAUGGAUGGCCAAUCUGGACGGCAGCUUACCGAGCAGAAUUCUUCCCUAUCUCUAUCUCGGCAACCUGUUACAUGCCAACAACCCAGAGGUACUCCGCCAGCUGGGCAUCACUCAGAUCCUGAGUGUGGGCGAAUCCCUCACGUGGCCCGAGGAUGUCCAGGAGAAACUGCAGUGGCCCAGUGAGAAACUGAUGAUGGUGGACGGGGUGCAAGAUAACGGUGUGGAUCCUCUUUGGAACGAAUUCGGCCGGUGCCUCAAAUUCAUCGAGGCCGGGAAAGCUGAUGGUGGCGCAACGCUGGUGCACUGUAGAGUAGGCGUCUCGCGUUCCGCAACAAUCUGCAUCGCCGAAGUCAUGAACGAGCUGGGUCUCUCGUUUCCCAGGGCCUACUGCUUUGUACGAGCACGAAGGCUCAACGUCAUCAUCCAACCCCACCUUCGCUUCACGUAUGAACUCCUCAAAUGGGAAGAAUAUCAGCGUCUGCGACGCAAAUUGCCGCUUCGUCGAGAGCUCGAGUGGGCUACGAUAGCAAGAGAGAUUGCUCUCAUGAACAAGCCCUACUCGAGAUGAUUUUCGCUUCCCUUGUUAUUCUUGUCGAUCUACCAGACGUUUCUUCUUUUCGCUUCCUCUGCUGUUCUGUUUCAAUCUCUCCUAUUCUACCCCAGAGAGACAAUCUGGGAUCAGGAUACGAUGGACAAGUAUGAUGUCAUGAGCUACGGACCUACGCUAUAUGUUUACGAUUUGUCAUGAUUAUGUACGGGGUUUACAUGGGAGUAGACGAGGGACUCUUAGGUACGGUUUCGUUUUCGUUGCAUCUUUAUACUUCAUCUUCUUCUUGGAAGGCCCGGAACUCUGGAAAAUGGCUUCAUGGGUUCCAUUGGUAAUUUGAUUGGGAAUGGGGCAUAGGAAGGGGUUAGAGAAGGGCUGUUUAUAUGGCUGAUUUGGGAAUGCGGGCGAAGGGGCUGAAUACACCAUAUUUCUUUCCGCCUUCUCCGAACCAAGUAGAUAUAUGAUCC